UCAGGAAUGGUUGUGCUGAAGAUGACAGUUUGGCCACAGUUGGGAUGAAACAGGCAACAAGUUCAGUCAGCUCUCCCAGGAAACUUGACCUGGAGGUCGCUGACCUGAUGACCCUUGCACCCCACGAAUGGCUGAAUGAUAAUGUUCUGAACGGUUACUUUGAUCUGCUGUCUGAAGCCCGUCCAGAUGAUGUGUACUGUUUCAACACCUUCUUCUACACACAGCUGUGCAGGAAGGGCUACCAGGGGGUCAGGAGGUGGACUAGAAAGGUGCAGAUUUUCCAGAAAUCUGUGUUGCUGGUGCCUCUUCACCUGGGCAACCACUGGUGUCUGGCCGAGGUGGCUGUACAGGACAAACUGCUGUUCCUCUACGAUUCACGAGGGGGUGCUAACCUCACCUGUCUACAGAGGCUGGUGAGCUACUUGUGUUGUGAGGCAGAGGAGAGAGGAGAGGCUGACUUUACCUCAGGCUGGGAAGGACACUUCAGAGAGGACAUCCCAGUGCAGGAGACCAGUGGUGACUGUGGAGUUUUUGUUUGUCAGUAUGCCCGAUGCAUCAUGGAAGGACGGCCGAUGGACUUCAGUCAGAAGGACAUGCCAAAGUUUCGCUGUCAGAUGACACAGGAGCUGCUGCAACACAAGCUUCUGUAAAGUGAGGAACUGGAAAAUCCGGUGCUUUUGAACUUGGAAAAUCUGUGCACAAUUCUUAAACAUCUUCCAUCAUAAGAUGCAAGAGCUUAAUUUCAUAGAGUUACCAAAAAGACACAACUGG